AUGCUGCUUGAUAAUUCUGUGUUGAAAAAUGAUGAAAAUGGCAACUGUUCUGGAGAAAACAUUGAAUUUCCCACUACAAACCUGUAUGAACUGGAAAGCAGAGUGCUGACUGAUCACUGGUCCAUACCCUACAAACGAGAAGAGUCCCUUGGGAAGUGUUUAAUAGCCUCCACAUACUUGGCAAAAAUUGGUCUCUCUGACUCGGAUGAAAACUGCAGAAGGUUUAUAGACCGUUGUAUGCCUGAAGCUUUUAAAAAGCUGUUAACAUCCAGUGCUGUCCAUAAAUGGGGAACUGAGAUUCACGAGGGAAUCUACAAUAUGCUGAUGCUGCUUGUUGAUUUAGUUGCUGAGAGGAUCAAACACGAACCCAUUGCCAUUGGUCUACUGGGCGUUCUUACCAUGGCCUUUAACCCUGAUAAUGAAUACCAUUUCAAGAACAGAAUGAAAGUUAGCCAAAAAAACUGGGCCGAAGUGUUUGGUGAAGGGAACACAUAUGCCGUGUCACCUGCCAGCAGUUUACAGAAGGAACCUCAUGGUUGGCUUGUUGAUCUAGUCAAUAGAUUUGGAGAGUUAGGAGGGUUUGCGGCAAUUCAGUCCAAGUUGAACUCUGAAGGUAUAGAACUUGGGGCAGUGUCCGCACUAGUGCAGCCUUUGGGAGUUUGUGCAGAAUACCUCAAUUCAUCUACAGUACAGCCUAUGCUGGAUCGUGUUAUACACAAGAUGAUUCGUUAUGUGCAGGGUGUCGAAGAGAAGGACCUUAAAGAUAAGAAGUUAGUUAGUAUCCCAGAGCUACUCUCUGCCAUUAAAUUACUCUGCAUGCGCUUUCAACCGGACUUGGUCAACGCAGUGGAUGAUCUUCGCCUGGACAUCUUGUUGCGCAUGCUGAAAUCACCACAUUUCAGUGCAAAAAUGAAUUCACUAAAAGAAGUUACCAAAUUAAUCGAAGACAGCACUUUAUCUAAGUCGGUGAAGAAUGCUAUCGACACAGACCGUCUGCUGGAUUGGCUUGUGGAAAAUUCUGUCCUUUCAAUAGCAUUAGAAGGAAACAUAGACCAAGCCCAGUACUGUGACCGGAUAAAGGGGAUUAUUGAACUUCUUGGCAGUAAAUUAUCUUUAGAUGAACUCUCUAAGAUAUGGAGAAUACAAUCAGGACAACCUUCAACUGUGAUUGAAAAUAUUCAUUCCAUUAUUGCUGCAGCAGCAGUCAAGUUCAAUUCAGACCAGCUCAAUCAUCUUUUUGUGCUUAUUCAAAAGAGCUGGGAACUGGAAACUGACCGAGUUCGACAAAAGCUGUUGAGCCUCAUAGGGCGAAUUGGCAGAGAAUCGCGAAAUGAGACCACCACAGCAAAGGUUCUCGAAGUGCUUUGGGAUCUUGCCCAUCAACCCUUGUUACCAUGUACUUUAAUCCAACAAGCCUUAGAAGAGCACCUUACAAUCCUUAGCGAUGCUUAUGCAGUGAAAGAGACCGUCAAGAGGAGUUACAUUAUAAAGUGCAUAGAUGAUAUUAAAAAGUCAUCGCAACACAGCAAUGCUCAGGUUGUGUGGGUUGUUCCAGCUCUGCGACAACUUCAUGAAAUUACACGGUCCUUCAGUAAGCAGACCUACCAAAAGCAGGACAAGAGCAUCAUUCAAGACCUGAAGAAGAAUUUUGAAAUAGUAAAGUUAGUGACAGCAAGUUUAGUGGCCUGCCAUCGUUUGGCAGUGACUGCGAUUGGUCCUGGCGGGCACCUUGGAUCCACUUUGGUUGACGGCAGAUACACUUACCGGGAGUAUUUAGAGGCCCAUCUAAAAUUCCUGGCUUUUUUCCUUCAAGAAGCCACUCUGUACCUAAGCUGGAGUCGUGCCAAGGAGAUCUGGGAAUGUCUUGUCACCAGCCAUGAUGUGUGCGAGCUCGAUCGUGAAGGUAAAGGCUGCCCCUCACCUCUGCUGACCCUGCUCCUCACAGGCUGCCCCUCACCCCUGCUGACCCUGCUCCUCACAGGCCGCCCCUCACCCCUGCUCCUCACAGGCUGCCCCUCACCCCUGCUGACCCUGCUCCUCACAGGCUGCCCCUCACCCCUGCUGACCCUGCUCCUCACAGGCUGCCCCUCACCCCUGCUGACCCUGCUCCUCACAGGCUGCCCCUCACCCCUGCUGACCCUGCUCCUCACAGGCUGCCCCUCACCCCUGCUGACCCUGCUCCUCACCCCUGCUGACCCUGCUCCUCACAGGCUGCCCCUCACCCCUGCUGACCCUGCUCCUCACAGGCUGCCCCUCACCUCUGCUGACCCUGCUCCUCACAGGCUGCCCCUCACCUCUGCUGACCCUGCUCCUCACAGGCUGCCCCUCACCUCUGCUGACCCUGCUCCUCACAGGCUGCCCCUCACCUCUGCUGACCCUGCUCCUCACAGGCUGCCCCUCACCUCUGCUGACCCUGCUCCUCACAGGCUGCCCCUCAUCUCUGCUGACCCUGCUCCUCACAGGCUGCCCCUCACCUCUUCUGACCCUGCUCCUCACAGGCUGCCCCUCACCUCUGCUGACCCCUGCUCCUCACAGGCUGCCCCUCACCUCUGCUGA